AUGACCAACUUCACGGAAUGUGAAGCGCGCUUCACAGCCGACAACGACGCCGGAAAGUUACUACGCAGCUUAUGGGGAUGGAACGGCACCAUCGUUGGAAUUGUAUACAAUAACAUGACCCAGAUAUCAAGAGAAGGAUGUAUACAAGUGUGCGGCUCAGAACCGGAUAUAUACGCGUGGAGAGAUAUCUCCGGAGUAAUAACCACCUGGGUACUGCCAACGAUUGGUAUACUUCUGCAAGCGCCCUUCGAGAGCAACGCAGCUCGUCGAACAUUGCUGGCCAUUACGCGAUGGGUGGGCUCGCCUAUCGCAUCGCUGUCCUACGUACUUUGGAACAUCAAGGUGUCCGCCAAAGCUGCGUUGAUGGUCGACAUGGCUGUUAAGUACGACGACAAGACGCCCGAAUACAAGGAGCUCGAUUUCUUCAUUUCCAUCUUGUGGUUCUUGUUUGCAUUCGCACUUUCCAUACAAGAUGCUUUUAGCGAACUAGGAGCCAACACCACUGCUCACGACCUGGCGUUGGGCUGUCUGCUGGCCUGGUUUCCGGUUCUCAUCUUGGGCUCUAUCGUAGACCGCAACCCAAUUGCAGCAGAAGCAAUUCGCAAGAAACUGAAUACCUUGGUCGACCACGUUCGCCAUUCUUUAGACAAUGAGCCAAAUCGCAGCGAGUACCUUAAACUCUUUCAAGGCGAGCCAAACUACCAUGACUUGGAAGUCAAGAUCGGGAGUGUAGCAAAGAAAGCACAGGUCAUGGACGACUUUUUCGAAAACUUUGCAGGUCAAGCGCGCGUGAGGUGGCAUUACGGUGCCGCGCAUGCCAUUUUGUGUGACAUCGAGGAUUGCUAUAUUCAAAAGAAGGGCCGUGACUGGCUGGCAAACGAACACGAAGCAAGAGCCUAUCUGGUAUUGGGUACCGUCAACGACGAGGGUUUGGUUUGGUUCGAUUUCCGAGAGUUCUGGCAAAUCUUCAGUGCUGUCAUCAUCGUCGGUGGAAGUUGCGGAGGCGCAUUUAUCUUGAGCUACUUCACGCCCACUAUCGGCCUCGGUUGUCGUAGCGGAGGGUACACCAUAUUCUUCACCGUCGCAACGGGCCUGCUUAUCGUCGAAAUGGCCGUCUGGAUGUACUUUUCGCCGGAAGGUAGGAGAGCGAGAGUCGAAAAAUCCCUAGAGAAGACGCAGGCAAAGUGGGACCUCGUCUUCUUCCGGCCCAUAGAGUUAUUCAACACCAUAUGGCUAAUGUAUAUCGUUAUGGCGCAAGUUACUGGGCUGUACAGAACCUGUGACUGCAUAACCAGUAAUUGGGCGGGCGGUGGCGGCUACCUUGAUUUCAGUCAACAAUUCACGUCGAACAGCUAUGGGAUCGCCUUGACCUGGAAAUCGGGUACCUCAUUAACCGCAUUAGUCAUGGGUCUGUCUAUGUUCUACAUCACGGUAGAAUGGUGUCAGCAGUCUCAUCUCUCAACCGAAGACUACCAAGACGCCAUGCAAGGUUUACGAAUGACCCGCGAAUAUCGAUUGUGGACAAUGCACGCUCGCCGCAUAUCCCGUGCCACAUUGACUCAGCUAGGGAAACUCGCUUUCGCUAUCGGUAAAAUGAUCAACAUGAUCGGUCCAGAUGAAAAGCCACGAAAAACGCUUAUGUGGACAGGUAAUUCCACAAGCGAUCCAGUCCUCAAUCGCGCAGAUUCUGCGCGUGUAAGAAACGAUAGCCACUCUACGCCUACGUUCGAGAUGAGGGACUACAACGCUGGAACGCAUAAUGCUGUUCUCGGUACGACGGCCAUUCCAAACUCCUCAUCCCCGCCGGCAAUCACAAUCCGUGGAACACGCAGUGAAGGCGACGCCUCGGUCGAUCCACUCGGCGCGCAUAGUGGUCCGCGCAUAAGUGACGACUCUUCGACACCUCUUGUCCCGAGAGCAUCGCAAGAGCAUCAGCAACAUGAUGUCGAAGACCAAAUGAGCAGCGAGGAGCAUAGCAACGAGGAGACUCCCUUCUUCGUGCAAGGAAGGAUGCGCACCAGUACACAGACAUGGCCAAAUGCGCCAAAUCCGGUGCAGAACCGACAAGGGUACCAUCGCGCAAACUCAGAUCCGGGGCUUUUGCACGAAUGA